GCACAGUAUUUAGGCGCCAUGCAUCUUUCCAUAUAUAAAUAGUAAAUACACAUUAACAUCCUAAACUAACGAUAAACAUAUGUGUAUUUGUAAGUUUUCGUUUUAAAACAGCUCAAAGUUAAGAAAUGUUUUUGUUCCGUUUGUAUUUUGUCAACAAUUGGAUGUCUAUAUGACAAUGUAGUAGUGGUGAUGGAAUCCUUUGAAGACUCAAAUUGUCCUUCAAUGAAUGAUAGUUUUUCUCUUUACGAACGUUAUAUGAGAAGUUUUAAUGUUAGAGAACAUUUUGACGAUAAGCAUAGUGAGCAAUCUGCAUCUUCGAGCAGUCGUGAUUAUGACAGUUCUAACAGUGUAGGGAACAUUGACCUUUCUGUUGCAGUCCCAGCGAAUUUAGAUAAACAUGGGGUGCAAUUAAUAGAACCUGUCAGUGAUUCGCUUCAUCAAAUAUAUGACAAUGUUGAAAAAGAUAUAAAUAGUGAUUCCUUGAUAGAAAAAUCGUCUAGUGUUUACUUGAUAACAUCAUCUGUGGGGUCGUCGUCAGAACAAUGCUUGACUGACAAGUCUGACCUCGGCGAGGUUCGAAUUUUUUCAGAAGAAUCCAAAUCCGGGGGUGAGAAACCUGUUUUCAUAACAUCGAUGAUGGAAAACAGCAAUAACGCCGUCGACAGCGUGCCCAUGUUUCGGGACGUUGUUCAUGAAAAUGUGUUCAAACUUCCAAUUAGCGAGCUUUCGUUCAAUGGCACGCUAAAGCAUGUGCAGAAAUUGAAGCCCAUCGUGGAUCCUUUGACAGCAUUGAGCACAGCUAAUGUUUUAAAUAAUGACGAAAAUUCGGAAUCGAGAGUCGAUAGCGAAAUUCAGACGAGCGAAAAAAGUAUUCAGGCAUUUAAUAUAGAUGAUAGGAGUACCAGUGAUUCGAGGAAUGGCAGGACGGAGAGUAGUGGGGACUCACAAUACCAGGAUAAACUUGACAAGGACUCAACGGAGACAAUGGAGAGUUCAAAGUGGAAUUUGGAGCAGAGCUACUCCUCGUUAGAAGCCUCAUUUGACAGUGGUGUCCGUUCACCAGACAUGUUCUCGGACGGUGAUGAAACGGAUAAUGAUCCAGAACCUGAACCAUUUUGGACGUUUUUGAAAGACGUCGAGACAUAUGAAAAGAAAAAAGUUAGGAGAAUUCAGGAAACACUUCAAGGUAUAUUACCCCCACCCUCAGUGACCACACUAAAGACUGACGUAACUCAAAUGCUUAAAAAAUACUAUGCCUUCCUCCCGACAUUCAACGGAGAAGAGACAAUAAAUAUAGAAGAAAACUCUAUGACACCCACAAAAAAGGUUUCAUUCAUCCAAAUACCAGAGAUAUGCCAUUCUAUCCAAGAAACUGCCGAGAAUGUAUCAAAAUCGAUUGUGGAACUUGAGAAAAUAAGUAGUUCUAGCAGAAAUACUUCUAAGUGUGAAGAUGGUAACUCGAGCAUAAAUGACAAAAGUAUUGAAUUGAAAAUUUGUUCUGAGGCAGAGGCUAAGGAGAAUGCAUGGCCGGAUUUAUUGAAGUGUAGAUAUUAUGAUGUGUAUUACAAUCUAACAAGUCACACAGAGAAAUAUGAGAUGUUAAUGCAAAGAUAUGCAGAACGGUUUGUUGGUGCAGAAACAGAUACCAGUGUUAAUAUUUAUUCUGGGGGCUUGCAGUCCCCCAGUAGCGCUAGCAAACGAAAAGCUCUGAGAAUUAAAAUGGCACAAGCCAAAUCACCCGGGCGCCGUCUAUCACAUUUAGCGCGGAGACGACAAGCAUUCUGUAGUGCAGCCACUAUUGGCGAGAAAGCACAGACUUCAACUAGCAAAAUGGUCCUCAUUGAUAAGAAUUACUUCCCGCACAGAAAGCUGAUUAAUUCCGCCGAACGAAAGAGCCCUAGAACGAAACGCACGCCAGGCAAGAAGACACCGUCACGCAAAACGCCAGGCAAGAAAACACCGGCGAAAACACCGAAAACUGGCGGUUCUAGUAAGAAAAAAGCCAUGCGAAGGCUGGUUUUGGACGAUAACUUGUCCAAAUCACAGCCAAAUAGAGAAACUUUGAAGCGAGCGUUAUUCAUAAGUCCCGAGAAUAGGAAGCCAAUGCCUAGUGUAUCUAGUAUGUCAGUGCCGAAUCAAGCUAUUAAAUCUAGACGGGCUUUAUUUGGUUCGCCAGUACGAUCAGCUGAAACUAAAAGUAUGGAUGGGACGCAGAGUGAUCACUUCUUGAAAAGGAAAAGAGAUCCAUUUGAUGAUGAUGUGGAGGCUAAUAGGAGUAAGAUAGCGAAGAGUUUGUCGUUUGGUGGCGAUUUUGGUAGUGCUAAGGCGGUGGCGUUUAACAGGCGAGCCUCAGAAAUGUUGUCGACCAGGAAUAGUGCAGAGUUGAAUGAAACACAUAAGAAGAAACUCCUCUGGGCAGUAUCAGAAGCGCUCCGUCUGCACGGUUGGCGGAUGUCAUCCCCCGGCUUCAAAGAGAAAGCAUCGACAUUAGCCAGGCUAACUAGAAGAUUGCUGACGUUACCGCCUCAUGCUGCUAAAUUGGCAGCUCCUAAACUUUCUACGUCAGAUACGCUUUUCAAGUUGGCAAGGCAGUAUGUAUUCGCCAUAAUCCAAGGUCGAACGGUCGAAGAGUGUUUCCAAGAUGAACAAAUAAAACUAGCGAACGAAACGAACAAAAUAUCAGGCUACAUAUCAGCGACAGCUUACCAGCAGUUGAAAUCUAAACCCCACACAUUAACCUCCCAAAUUAAAGAGAACUGUACGAAUAAAAACAUAGUACAAGAACCGAAAAGCGCUUCGAAGAACAUACUACAAGAUAAACUGGUUAAUAUAGACUCUAAUUCAAGUACGAGCAUGUUUGAUAAAGUACAGUUUAGAUCGAACUCAAUGCCGUCGUUCGAGGAAGCGGCCAAAAUGAGAGCAAGACGGCAGAUUAGUUUUGACAAUGUGGAGUUUCCUAAACGAUGAGUGUAUCUAGUGAUUAUUGGUAUUUAUUUUGUGUGUGAUUCGUGGAUUGGUGCAGUGUAUUUGUGUACUGUAUUUGGAUGAAAAGAUGAAAUUUCGUAAGGUACUUAAAGUUUGUGAUUGUUAACAUUUUGUGUUUAUUAAAUGUAAGGUUGUUUUAUUCAAACUUAUAAUCUGUAGUGAGCAAGAUAUUCAUCCAUAUCAUUGUGAAAAAUAUUUUAAUAUUUGAGACAUCUUGAGUGUGAAGUUUUUGCUGUAUCCAUCAACCUGUAAGUUAUUUUUUAUUAUUUCUGAAUAAUUUUAAAUAACAUAAUAUAAAUUCAGUUAAUACUCAAGCUAAUAAUAUCAGUCCGGCAAAGUUAGAAUGAAUUAAUGGUUAUUGAUAAAGUUCUCCAAGUAAAUCGUCAUUUUCAAAUGGCAUUUAACACAGUCUUUCCUAUUCUUAGUAAGGAAGAAAACUUAUCAAAAUAAUUUUACUGUUUUACAUUUUUACAUAGACAUACACAAAUACACUAUGUCAAGACAAAAAACCAGUUAGAGCUAGUGCGCAAGAGCAACUUUUGUCUCCGCAACUAUUUUGUCUCUCCCAUCAAUUCUAUGGGCUAGUAAGAAAGUGCGCGCACGUAGCGACGCAACUCCCGGGAGAC